AUGGCUUUUGCAGCAAAACAAUUCUAUUCAUCUGCUGCAUUUUCUAAUCAUUUGCAGCGUAAGAAUUUGCCGUCCAAACCCCAUUUUUCAUCAUUUAUUCCCAAUCAAGUUGUUGGGAGAAAAUGUGAAAAGCCAAAUGUUUUAGCCUGCAGAAAGCGUUUGUACAUUUCAGCAGUAACUGGAUAUAUUGGUGAACCAGAGAAUUUGAGACCUCGAGACUCUACAAUCCAGUGCAAUGCGUAUGAAGCUCAUCGAGCGCAACCCUCUCUUCUCAUGCUGGUUUCUUGGGCUACAAAGAACGAAGGAUUGACAUGGUUAGUUGGUGGCGAUGGUCGGCCGGCAACUGCUUGA